AUAUUCCGUUGUAAGUAAUUAAUCAAGAUUUAUUACUGCGAGAAUCUAAUCUUUUCCAUGCAUACAUUUAUAUCGCACAACAGACCAAGGAUGACGACCACACACUUCUUACCCAUUCCUGGGACUUCGACGUCGUGACAACCGAAUCAGUUCUAUACGAAAUACGAAUACAUAUUUUGGUGAGACUGCCACUUCAGCAAGCAAAUGGAGACCCCGAUACGCAGUUCAUUGUACAGACUGCUGCUCCGAUCAGCGCGUCGAGUGGACAAGGAUGAAGCGGCACGAGUGUUUGUCCUGGCACCCCCAUCCAAAUUUUGGAUGCAUGAGAGUGGUCGCACCUACAGAUUCCGAGACGGGGGAGUAGAUGCAGAGAAGACGAGUCGACGGCGGGCGGAGGGAACAAGUGGCGGGAGCUCAUCAUCGUCGUCAGCAUCAAGUAACAACAAAGGAAAAGAAGAUAACGCGAGUAAUGUCGAUGUUGCGUGCACAACUUCUACAAACAGCAAGGACGCUGCAACUGCAAACGGAGGUCGUAGGGCCCAUCAAACAUUGACAAGGCUUCUACGGCGUGCAAAUGCUAGUGGGGAAUUCUUUCGGCCUGUCAACAAUGUUACAACCAGCAAUAGUUGUUCCUCGACGGAAAAAUCCGGAAUACCAUCUUCUUUAUCUUCGAUCCCUACCACUACCUCUACGACUACGAAGAUGUCUUCUACCAGCUUCUUCGACGUUGAAGCACCACAUUUGUUGACAAGAAGUGUUCGCUUCUACAGGGAAGACCUGGUUUCCAGUGAGGACGCUUUUGCAGCGUUGCGAACGUUCAAUUUUGCAUUGGAUGUUUUGAGGAAGUCUAGUGGUCCCACGACAACUUCUAGUUCAACAUCCUCUGUGCGGCCACCAGUCUCAACUACUGGAGAUGAUACAGCAAAUAAGCAAAGAGCUGUGCUGAACAAGACGGGGAUUCCACCACCACCUGCGCCAUCUACAACAACUUCUGCGUCAGCACCUCAAGACUCAUCUUCUUCUACCUCCACGAGCAGUAGCAUUACUGGAAUUAGCAGGGCCACGAGAAAGAGCAGCACUCGUCGAGGCAGCGACCGGGUGCAUAUCGACGCUUUGAGCGGAGCAGACCAAGCGAAGAGUGCUGAUCUUUCUGUACGAGACGCAACAGCAAUUGGAAUAAACGCGAAAAAUGACGAAGCAGCACCGUCGACCGACACUACCACAGCUACGACUCCAACACCAGGUAGCACAGCGAAAGCACCGGACCUGGAGAAGGAACAAGCGACUCCCUCGAUAAGAAGCAAAGCAUCGUCUGCAAGGCAUCAAGCCGAGAACGAUGACUACUACGCCAGGCUAGAGGAACUGCAACUAGUUACGCGAUCAGUCUAUGGAAAAGUCCCAGCAGCAACUGCGAGCGACAAGGCAGCAUCUUCAUCUAGUAGCCCAUCUUCAAAGUCGCCGCUCCUCUUCGGAGAGGACGAAAAGAGUGCUGCCUUUGCUGAAAUCUCAGAAAGAGAUUACGAUCUGACGACCGAGGAAAAGGCGACAUGUACAAUUACUGCCUGAUCAGAUUCGUGUUUAUGUGAAAAUAGCCUUGCUUCUACUUUUACCAAAUGUUACCUCCUAAACUAACAUCUCAUAGAGAUUGUAUUGUUCUUUUUUUAUCAUCUUCUUUUCAGUCCUGUUAGCGAUUCCAGUUGCCGCUAAGGACGAUUUCUUGAAAGACGCACAGGCAUACGUCUUUCGGGAUGUGCUGUCAGGCUCGCCCAAGAACCCUAAACCUCUAGAAGGAGUUGCAAUCGGCUUCGAGACCAUACAUGACGUAUCGCAGAUAUCGUCCAAAGAAGAGCUUGAUGCGUACGUGGACCUCGUGAGGGUGUCCACUUCCAAGGGAGGAGGGGCAACACCUCAGAAGUCUCAACAACAGAAAGGGGCUAAACAAGGUAGCCCACCUUCCGCUAGUAUAGAUAGAAGUCGACAAAUCUUUCGCCUACGUCUCGUCGGACAGGAGCCAGCCUUGACAAGUGCUGAGGGUAGGUCGAGAAGUUCAGUGGCAAACUUGGUCCACGUUCUCUCUUCUUCCCGUAGUCAACCAAACACAGCUGCAAAACCAGGCGCUUCACCUCAUAUGGCAACGCGCCUCGUGCAUCAGCAGAAAGCAGUGAAGAAGCACCUAGCAUCGACAGGGAACGAUUUCACCGGCGCCACUGAGAAGGAGCAAGAACAAAGUACUAGUAUUUCAUCUGAUUCUACCAAUAAUUCUCCUCCAGCUUCUUCAUGUUCAUCCUCUUCUUCUAGUAGUAGUUCUCCGCCACCACCACCACCAAAGCCGGAACAAGAGCAACGACGCCACCAGUUCGACAGUAAGGAAGAAGUGAAUGCGUUUCUUGAUCAGCUCCACAGGUCUAAACGAAAACGCAAUAGACCAACAAAAAAUAGCACGACUGCAGCUGCGGCCCCUAGUACUGCAGCAUCUUCAUCUAGUUCUAGUUCGUCUUCAUCUGAGGAAAGUUCUUCUGCAGGAGUUUCAUUGACGGGGCGGGAGGCGAAUAAUGCUUCAGCGUCAACUACAUCAGAACAUGAUCGAGAACAAGACCACCUUCAUCUGCCUUCCGCCGCUGAGGCAAAAGCAAAAAGUGAGGCGGAGGCCAACGCGCUUCUCGACCGCUUGCUGUCCGAGAAAAAAGAACGGCGAUCGUAUCGGUUGAUGCUAGUCGCGCACAAGAUUCAACGAGAAUCAAAUCCUCUAGUGAGACAGGAUUCGAGUGGUUCUGCCUCUAGCUCUAGUACGCCGUUGGACAAUAUGCCAAGUGACUCUGCUAGAACGGAGACGGACGCGGACUUGUUGACCACAAAGAGCACACUGUCGGAACGAAAGAAGGCGAGGAGAAAAAGAAACAAGACAUUCGGACUCGCUGGCUUUCUUCAGUUAUGUUGAUCAGAGUAGUUGUCUUAACACGAAACUGUAACUUCCCUCGCAGAAAAUGAAACCCUCGAUCAUUGUACUAGCACUCUCUAAAAAUUCAAGGCAACACUGCUUCAGGCAGCCGAAAAAAAGGUGGAGGUGCUGGACAAACUGAAUUGCUGAGAUUGGUGGACGAUUACAUGCAUCAUCGCUGGUUUCCUGAGCUCAGUAGGAAGAAGAGCAACGCGCUCUUCUACGACCUACUGCAGAUGAACCAGCAUGAGCGGGAAGAGCUGAUAGCAGAGGAAAUCAAGGUACUUGCUCUUAUCGUUACUCUAAGUGGUUGGAGAAGCUGAUAGCAGAGGAAAUUAAGGUACUUCUUAUCGUUCUUGCUCUAAGUUGGCAGAUUGCCGAAUAGAUUCGCACCAUCAUCAUCAUCAUCAUCAUCAUCGUUAUUCUAAGAGGUUGGAGAAGAGUGACAACAUUCUUGUGCUGCGUACAGAGAUCAUCUUUACCACCAUCUUAAUCGUAGUGACAGUGAUUACCAUCCACCUAAUAAUAUCAGAGUCCCGAUUUUUUGCCAUUAUUCACGGAUUUUUUGGAGAAGAAGCUACCUAAAGCAACCUGGGCUCAAUGGGAAAAGGAACUACAAGCGGAAACAGAGCAGAUAAAAGUAGGCGACACAAGCUUGAUCGUUCCAGCGUCGAGCUCCGCAUCAACAGAUGGCACGAAGACUGAAAAAGGUGAACAUACUGCGUCGACAAGUACUUCUGCAGGAGAUAUUGACGCGCCUGCGAGGGAAGCGCCGGCUGCUCGUUCUACGAGCUCAUUGUCACCUUCGAGCUCAUUGUCACCUUCAACUUCGUCGGAAGCUCUGACCCCAUUUAGCACAGUAGCAAAAGAGACAGCCAAAGGCAAGGAGCAAAAGGCAGCCAAGUCUGCCACCGAUGUCAUAGCGACGAAAGCGGAAAACAAAACUUCUAGUACUUCUAGUCAUGCAGCCUCGUCUUCGUCUUCGCCGACAACCAGAAUUUUGCCUCCCACGCCGCCAGUGUUAGGGUUAAAUCCGAUGGAGGAUCUAGACGCUCAAGUUGCAAGGCACGUUGAUGUUAAGGCUUCAUCGAAUAAGAUCUUCUCAACCUCACAUUUUUGCCUUAUUUAAACACGUCUUGCUCUUCGUUUCCACGAACAUGCAGAUCAUGCUCCCCCCUUUCUCUUUUCUUUUACUUUUUCCUUCUAACAGCCAGCACACCGUAUCGUCGCGAGAACAUCGAGAGGAUUUCAUGGCUAUGACGGAUGAAGAAAUGAUGGACGACCUGCUCCUGGAUGAUAUCAUUGCGGAUUUAAACUUGGACACCAUGUCGAGCAUGGAUAUGGACGACUUUGACUCCUCAGGAGGUGUAAAUCUUCCGAUGUCGUUUUUUCGCGAUUUGGACCAUGACGACGAGGACUACAUGUUCGAGGACGAUUAUUUUGGGUUUGAAGACAACGCUUCAUCUUCUGCAGCUUCUAGUGGACAAGAAGAGCGUGAGGACCACGCUCACGAGGACCUUAGAAGAAGUGCUAGUCUAGAAGUAGUGAAUUCUAGAACAAGUAGCUCAUCAAUGUUUAGGCAAGGUGGUGCGCAAGACGAACAAUUGCAGCAGCUGAAUCUUGAGCAAGGUAGUAAAUUGGAACAGUACAAACAGCAACAUGCGAAUGUUGAUUUAACGACCACUGCUUCUACAACUGCUUCAAUUAGCGGAGUCGUUUCAACACCGAAAAAUGCCACUGCCUCUACUCCUGCUUCAAGUAGCUCACACGAAAUAGCGACGUUUAACGAAGCCGGAGCAAGCGAAGCCACUUCUUUGUCCACUUCUGAUUCUGUAGAGGAUCAUGUCGUGGCAAGUACUAGAAGUAGUGCAAAAAUAUCUAUAUCUUCUUCCGCUACUCAAGCUUCUGAAAAAAUGGUCUCGUCAUCAGAAUCGAGGGAAGCAGAAGAGCAGUCCACGUCUUCAGUCUCACUAUCGCAAGCAACUGAACAAACUAGAAGUACAGGACCUGAUGAAGCGCUUGGAAGAGCGACAUCCUCAACUCUUAAAAAGAAAAACUCGAACUCCCGCUAUGUGCAGCCCGGCGAAAUAGAGCCUGGAAUGCUUCUGAUUGGACAUCCUCUCGGACCCUAUUUUCAACGCAAUCUUCAUCGAGCAGUUUUAUGGCUUUGACUUUGAUGUAGUUGGGCCUCUGGUGUUGAAUAAUGAUGAAGAUAAUAUUAGUCUUAGUGAUAGAUGAUAAAUAUUUUUAUUUUUUAUCCCACUCCCAGCUUGCUGGUGCGGAGGUACUACAUAACGUGUGCUUCUCACCGAAAGACCUGUCGUGAUCAUUUUUUUUCGGAUCUGUCAACAUCAUCUACAUUAUUUUGACCACCCCCUCUAAUACCGAUAGUGAUCACCGAGCGCGCAGCAGACGGACAAGUCGCUGGCUUAAUCUUGAACAAACCGGAUUUGUCUGCGCCCAAUCUGUCUGACUUUUUGCUGCAAACCGAAGACUUUAACUUGGACGAAAUGAAGCUCUCGGAAGUUGGAGUUGCUGGCCAAAAUUGUGGAGUUUUGGAUUGGCUACGAAAACGAAGAGCUGUGCUAUUGGACCAUGAUCAGCGGUGUAAAGAAGAGCUUAGUACAACCAGGGUCACGAACAACCAACAAUAUCAACAAGAACUUGCUCAUCAAGCUCAAGGUCAUGCUCAAGGUCAAGCUCAUCAAAGUCAUCAACAUUACAACCAGCAGCAGCAGCAGCAGCAGAAGUAUUUACCACGUGUGAGUCGAGUGUGGCGUGGUGGAGACUGUGAGCAUCCACGGCACAAAGUGCAGAUCCUUCACAAUGUCGCGAAUGUUCCUGGCGCCAUAAAAAUCCACGACAAUCUGUACGCUGACGGCGACGACCGUGAUAUCGUCUUGGCACAAGUAUUGAACAAUCGAAAGACGAAGAUGAUGAUGAAUACUGGUGCUGGUCGUGGGAUUCAAGUUGAACAAGGUGGUGAAGUAGCUGGUCAAGGUACACCUAGUAGAAAUGCAGGUUCUCAUGGAGGACAGAAGCAUGCUGCUGCUUUUUCAUCGACAGGGUCGAACCCAACACAGCCAGAAGAGGAAGGGCAACCAGCUCUGCACAUGAGGUUGAUGACGGGCACUUGCCUGUGGGCACCUGGACAGCUCGAAACGGAAAUUGAGCGAAACCUAUGGUUUUUGUCCCGAGUACAUGAACCUUCGAGCAACCUGUGGUUCCAUUCAAACCACAACCUGUGGCGCGAACUACUACGUAUUUUAUACAAUCUUGAUGUUCUUUUCCACCACAAGUUGGUCUGCUCGACCACAAGUAUACAUAGUUAUGACUUCCGGAAAUCUCCCACGUGGAGAAGCAUCCUGGGCCUCCCGCGUAAGGGGGAAACGGGUCCAAAGAUGACGCUCAAGAUGGAUAAUUCCCGGAAGGUCUAAUAUAGAUAUCUGAAUCAUGUUCUUCUCGUUUCCUAUUACCAUAUCAUGUAAGAGAAAUAAAAAAUUUUUGUACUAGUUGGAGGUUAAUAGCCAGUCGUCGACGUUUUUGAAGUGGAUGAUGCGUCCCAGGGAUCACCCUCUCUCAUCGAUGGUCACAUCUCUCAUCGAUCACCCUCAGGGGAUCACAUCUCUCAUCGAUCACCCUCACGACCACAAUCACUCCUUCCACUUCUGCUAGGUGGGCUUCAGGUCAUCUUGGGUAUCCACAUUCAUCAACACAUUCAUCAACACAUUCAUCAACACAUUCAUCAACACAAGGUGACCUUGGAUACCCAGCGCAAGCCGCUAUACCUGAGUUUCGCAACGUCGAGAUCGAGAAGAAAAUCGAUGUCCUUUUCAACCGACACAUGCAGAAUUACUACAGGAAUAUCAAGGAUCAUUGAGAUUGAGACUGAAGUCGUGAUUGAAUUUGAAGGGGAAGCGGCGCUUUCGGUUGGAAGUGGCGUGAUUGAGGAGGUUAGGGGUCGUUGGGCUUUACUAAAGGAGUGCAUGCACUUAUCAUGAAGUAGUAGAAAAGGACGCAGUACUUCUUGUGAUCAUGUUUAUUGUAGUAACGCUCAGCAGAAAAUCCACAAGGUAGAACAACAGGCAGCAGAGCGGAAGUAAAUUCAGUAUAUUUUGCAAACAACAAACACAAAGACAAACCUGCGGGCUUGGAAACGCAUGAGAAUUCGUCGGCUGACUGUUGCAAGAAGACGGAAACUAAUGCAUUGGUGAUCCGGAUAUAAGUUGUCCUUUUUGUCCGGAUCGGUGAUAGAGUGCAGAUUACGACUUAACUUUUAUUUUAUUUCGCAUUGGGGAUCCAUCAGAGUUUAACUAAAUUUAUAACAUCAGAUACGAAGUAUGUAGGACAUGAUCAACUUACUAGUAGCAAAACGUACUAAUAUUUGAUCCCUCCACGACCAUACAACUUUUUUUUAAGUCUAAAAUGUAUUUUUUUAAAGUCUAAGUCAAUCUGAUAUGAGAAUGACGAUCACAGAUUUCUUAUGAUCCGGGUGACGUGUCAGCUCUCUCUUUCGUGUGUACAACAUGCAGAAGACUGCGAAAUUGCUAAUGUGUGACGAUAUGAGUGCAUUCGUGUGCUGUAGUAUGUUUUGAGUAGUACUUCAACGUUUGGAUUCUCGUGGUGCUCUCAUCAGCAGGCUUCUUGUGCUGUGCAAACAGCAGAGAGAAUGCCGCAUGAUGCACUAUAAUAAGUUGACAUCUCACUCUCAACAGAAAAUCCACAAGGUAGGACAACAGGCAGCAGAGCAGAAGUAAACUUCAGCACGGUUCUAGUGGGUCAGAAGCAAGCUGGCUGAACACACUGAGGACGUGCCUGUAAUAAGAAGACGCGUUUUUUGAAACUCCAACAACAGUCAGUAAGCAGGUAACAGUCAGAUUUUUUUUUGGUAACUUUUCUUUCACAACGUUCUGAAUCACAACGCCAGCUAGUCAAGUACGAUACAACUACUUAGUUGAAACUGAAGCAGUUUUUGCACUUGAACACAGUAACUCUGUCCAUAAGUCAACUCAUGAAUACUUAGUUAGAGUAACAGUCUUCCUCACAUUUUACUCAGUACUAGCUGAGAUAAGUUGAAAGCAACUAAGUACAAAAACAAACAACUACGACGAACGGGCGUGGAUUCGCUCUCACUCGAGCAGGCGCGACUGCUGUGACACGGCCACGAGAGCCCGAACGAAGGGCCGCCAUACUAUAGGGGGCUAGCCGCGUCCUUCACCGGCAGCUUCUCGGAUAAACGUGCAAGCUCUUUCCUUUUUUCGGAUAAGCAUGGCACUGCAAAACAGAAAGCUCCUUCCCCGCUUUUUUUUCAUUUUCGAUGCUUGUGUCGAUGACGUGAUAACAGUGGCGCCACCAAGUUUAUUAUGUACUAACUUCAGACUCACAUCGGAUGAGAUCUUCCACUGACCUUCCACUGACUUCGCGUCUAAGAAUUAUCAACUUCGCGUCUCCUAUUUACUUCGCCUCUUAUUUGUGAGUUUGUAUAAGUCUAGAGAUCCUCAUCUUGCACUAGUGCACUGGCGCCGUCUCGAGUAUAUGCUGGGUCGGCGCAUCGUCCGUGAAGUGUAAGACUUCACUGUGCCCACCCCAGCUGGUGCGCUUGUGGUUAAGAAAUCAUAAAUCGCAGCUCCCUGAAGAUCCUAAAUUCUUCAAGUUUGGCAGUUCUCUUUAAGUUGGUUCAAGUGGUUCGAAAGGAGGUCAGAGAUCAAAUAAGUCUAGUUGGUUCCUUAUGCUGAUUUGAGUGAUCGCUGCGAAUUUUCUUCGGAACUCAAUGGAGGGUUAACAAAAAUGGCCUGUUUUCGUAUACCCUCCCCGAAGUUCUUCCAAAAAUUUGAGCACUCUCUUAAAAUCCGCACUAGGUUCCGUAAAUAAGUUACUUCCUCUUCUUCUCUCUUUCGUUUCACUCCUUGCACAUUUUGAAAACGUGCAAGAAGUGAAAAGCUAUUGAACGUUUUUUCUCCUUUCAUUACGAGCCAUUUUGGCUCAAGAUUCGAAACAUUUACACAGGAUUUGAAGCGCCGUUAGGGGCCUAGUUUGCAUUCAUUUGAACCGAGAUUCGACAACAAAAACAACCAAAACCCCUUACCAAACUCCCACUAUUCUCAAUUAUUGAACCUGCUGAGGUAAUACAUUCUACACGACAGCUAGUAUUGAUUAUACUUAAUUAACACCCAGUAAAAGUCUGUCGAAAUUAGAUCAGCAAAAAGUAUGACAAGCAUGACAAGUUUGUUUUUGAACUUUUUCUUUUUUACAACCUACAGGCAGCUUAAUACGUACAUACGCCGUGUUGAGCGUGACGUCCGGAAAGUCGCGUCAAAGUGCGCGAUACUUUCCGGAAAAUUGCACAGUACGUAGCCGACAAAAUCCGGCAGCACUAAUGAAAAACUUCUGCUGGUUGUCAACUGCAAAGACAGUUGGACUUGGAGUUGUUAAAGAAAUUUGAUGUUUGCUAACUGCAAAGACAGUUUGAAAUUUUUAUCAGCAGUCAGUAUGGAUCAAU